UCCCUCUCACUUAUGAUCAGCAUUCUCCUAUGCACACCAAAAACAAAACUGAGAAAAAGGAAAGCAAUGGAGUUGGAUCAAUGAUUAUUGAUUUGCUGAAAUUAAGCAUGAAAACUAUCUUGAUUUGAUGUAAAUCAUCUUCCAUAAAAAUCCAUUUCUCAUCAUCCCAUUAACAUGGCCCAUUUGCUAGCAAACCACCACAAUAUUCCAAGAAGAUGGGAGCUGCAGAAAUGCAGGACAAAGUUGAAGGAUUGCGGAGGGGGUUGGACAAAUAUUGGCGGCCGGCAAAUGGUGAGAGUGAGAGGUUUUAUGGUGCAGAGUUCGGCGUCGUCACCUGAGAAAGUGGGAUCGGUUGGGUAUUUGGUAAAUGAGUGUGGGUGGAAGGUGAGAAGGUUGGUUGAGAAGGCAGAUGAGAUGAGGAUGGUUGCUCAGGUUCAAGCUGAAGCAUUUCAUGUGCCUGUUGCUCUUUUCAAUGAUUUUUUCUUCGACUUCUUUCAGGCUGAAGUACUUUCUGGGCUUGCAUACAAACUUAGGAGCUCACCUCCUAACAGAUACGCAUGUUUGGUGGCUGAGGCAAUGGCCAAUGUUUCUGAUUCACAAAAGGAACUUGUGGGUGUUGUGGAUGUGACUGUGUUGAGAGACCAGACUGUGCUGGACCAUCUCCCACCUGAAGCAGAAGAGUAUCUUUACGUCUCUGGGAUUGCCGUCUUGAAAGCUUUCAGGAGACAAAAAAUAGCUACAGUGUUGCUAAAAGCCUGCGACGUGCUAUCAACAGUGUGGGGUUUGGAGUAUCUUGCCCUUCGGGCAUAUGAAGAUGAUUUGGGAGCACGCAAACUUUAUACAAGUGCAGGGUAUGAAGUUGUCUCAGGUGAUCCCCCAUGGUUGACCACGUGGAUUGGAAGAAAACGACGUGUUCUUAUGAUUAAACAGUGUAGUCUACAUACGUAACGUAGUUUCUUCCUUGUUCAUUUGUAGUAUGGUGUGCGUGUUCCCAUGCGGCUAUGCCAGCAUGCAAGUAUCAUGUGUGCAUAUGGUUGCCAACAUGUAUGCAUAUAUGUUUGCACAAUUGGUGUAUAUGUAACUAAAAGAGCAAGAGCAUGACUUUUGUAUGCAUGUAAAUGUUGCUACAGUGACCACACACAACGUGGAAGAUCUACAAAAAGGUUAAGGGUCAAAGUGGCAUGAGGUUGGAGCUACUUUUUAUGCUUAAGUUAGUAAAACGGAAUUUAAUAAGGUGCAUGAUCAAAGUGAAUGCAAAUAAAAAAGAAGUAAAAAACCAGCUUAAUGUGGUGUAAUUCGUUUUACCUUUCGUGUAGAGGCUUUUCGUCCUUAGUUGGUAAGGCAAACACCAACAGGAAUGAAAUCCAUAUUGAAUAUGGCGUAUCCUCUCGUGAUUUUGUUUCUUUUUGGAUGUCGAAUCCGUUGGACCUUCCUUUCCGAGUGGGUUUGGAAUGGCAAGGCAUUGCUUUGCUUUGAGAUAGUAUCACCUAAGACUCCUUUCUUCAUUGUGUAAAUUUUAGAUUGGCAAGUCAAUAAUUAAGUGGAUUUUAUUGCUUAUUGAGUUUAUUACUUUUUGGCAUGUGCAAGGGGAAUGGUUCACGUGUGUACGCCGCUUGGUGAGCUCGGGCCUUAGGCUUGGGCCAGGUUUGCCUUUGGACCGACGGGCGCUCAAUUGGACUCUCCAGGCCUUUCUACAUUUUCAAUACUCCAGUUGCCCCCCAAUUUUCCUGAGCAACUUGGUGAUUAAAACGACCAGUGAGAUUAUGGUGAGACAAGCAUAGUGACGUGUAGAGCUACCACCAGUCUCGAAAGAUAGUGAACCAAAAAUUGGACCCCAGUACACUCAAAGAGUAUCGUUGGGAAAGGAAGAGAACUAAGGCUAUUCCACAACAAUUAGUCCAAGGGAAGAACACAACACCCGAGUUGGCUACUAAAUAGGAUUAGUUCACUCUAUUAAGUUAUAUGACAGGUGUAUAACAUCUACUAAAUAUCAUUACUCUCUUUCCUAAAUAGUUUAAGUGUUUUUGAAACAAUUCAGCAUCCAAAAUCAGACAGUUGCCACCUCGAUUACCUAAAAAGAGUAGAGGAAGGCAUGCACUUCAAGAAAAUUGGUUACUUUGAAUGACUUACAAUAAUCAAAUUUAGCUCUAGUCCUGUCCUAGUUCAAUUUACCAAUAAAAAAAAAAAAAAGUAAAAAGAACAAAAGAAAAUUAUAAACUGGCAA